AUGCAUCAUCGAAGUUUUAGUUUUGAUAGAUUGAAAUCAAAAGUAAGGAGAUCAUCCGAUUCUCUGGAUUUGACUUCCACAAGUCCUCCAUCCAAUCAACAUUCAAUAUCCUCAGGUUCAAAUGGUGGCAUCAAGAAGUCAACCGAUAGAAGAAAUAGUAUAUCGAAUCCAAUGAUUGUUAUCAAUGAAUCAGCAAAGGAAUCUUCCAUACCUUUACGAAAUUCAAAUAUCCCAAAUUCAUCUUCAAGUCGUUUAAGAGCCCAAUCUCUCUCUUUUAUUAAUUCAACUAAUUCAAGAUCAAGAUCAAGAUCAACUUCAAGAAGUAAUGGAUCUUCUUCUGCUACUGUCACUAAUACUAGCAAUACUACUAAUAAUAACCUUGUGAAUAGUACUAGUAAUCAUUUAUUACUUCAUCAUCAUCAUCACCAUCAAUCAUCAUCUUUAUCAAAUGCUUUAUCUCAAAGUUCAAAACGUCAAACUAAAGAAUUAAUCAAACAAGAAACAUCUCAAAUCAUUCUGAAAAAAUUAUUACAUAUUUUACAAGAUCUUGGUUUACAACAUCCUAUCCCUUUAAAAACCACAAAUUCAUCUCCAAAUGGUUCAGUAUCAAAAUCUGUUAGAGUUUAUGUCGCUAAUUCAAAUGAUUGUAUUUAUCUUCCCCCCGCAUCUUCUGCUAGUUUUACUUAUGAAGAUGUUGAAAAUGGAGGUGGAAUUAUACGAAGAAAUGAAAAUGAAGAUAUUACUAAUGAUGAAGAUGAUAACACAAAUCAUAACGAUCAAGAUAUAUUUAAUAAUGAAACUUGUUCAUUCUCUCUUGAUGAUGAACAACAACAACAUGUUCCAAAGAAUUUACAACAAAAAUUAAAAUCUUUCCAAUCUCCAAAUUAUUUAUGUACAAAGAUUGAUCUGGAUUUACCUAUUCCUCAUACCUUUGCUAUCAUAAUUGAAUUAUCCAAGGAUUCAACCACCAUUAAAGAUUUGAAAUUUGAAUUUCAAUCCCUUACUAAUAUCUUAUGGCCUAGUGGUGAUCCCUAUAAUAAAAUCAAUACUCGAGAAAAAUUUAAAAUUGGGGCUUUAGAAUGGAGUACUAAUUUAAAAAAUAGUGAUUAUUAUAUCAAUACUUCCAAUUCAAAUGAUAUUAAAAUUAGGAACUUAACUGCUGAUGAUUUGGCUAAACGAACCAAAGAAUAUAAAUUAGUUAAUAUUCGAGAUUUAACCGAUGGAGUUGAUAGUAUUAAUAAUUCUAAAAUUGAUGAUUUCAGUAGUUCUUCGGGUACUACUUCUUCAAGUUCAAACUCAAGUGAUGAUACGUUUAAAGCUGGUCUUUACGUGUUUUUAUUACCAAUAUUAUUACCUGAUCAUAUUCCAUCCACCAUUAUCUCAGUUAAUGGAUCUUUACAACAUUCAUUAUCGAUUAAUUUUAAUAAAACUACCGAUAAAUUAAAUCGAAAAAUUAAAAUGUUUUCAAAUUAUAAUUUACCUAUGGUUAGAACUCCUCCAUCAUUUGCAAAUUCAAUUGCUGAUAAACCAAUUUAUGUUAAUCGAAUUUGGAAUGAUGCUUUACAUUAUGUCAUCACAUUUCCCAAAAAAUAUAUUAGUUUGGGAUCCGAACAUGUUAUUAAUGUUAAAUUAGUUCCUUUGGUUAAAGAUGUUAUCAUUAAAAGAAUUAAAUUUAAUGUAUUGGAAAGAAUUACUUAUGUUUCGAAAAAUUUAAGUCGAGAAUUUGAUUAUGAUAGUGAAGAUCCUUAUUGUACUAGACCUGAUAAUGGUAAGAUUAGAGAACGAGUAGUUUCACUUUGUGAAUUGAAAACCAAAGUUAAACAACUGUCAAAUUCAAAUAAUAAUCCUUUGACGGAUCCUUAUAAAGAAGAAAUUAUAAAAUGUCCCGAUAAUAAUCUUUUAUUUAGUUGUUAUGAACCUGAAUCGGGUAUUCAAAAUAAUGAUGUUGAUCCAUUAUCUAAAAAAUCAAGAAAGAAAUCAACUCAACCACCCCAUCCUAAUAAUAACGAAACUAUGAUUGCUUCUCCGUUAGAUAUAAAUAUCGCAUUACCAUUUUUGACUACAAAGGGUGAUAAAAUAUUAAAGACAUCAACUUAUGAUGAUGAAUUUUCUUAUGUUUCAUCAGCCCCAGGUUCUCGAAAAGCUUCAAUUUCAGUCGAUACAUCCGCUACGGCUAUUUCUCCUAGUGGUUCACCAUCAUUCUUACCUUCGGUCGGUACAUUAGAAACAAACAUGUCUCAUGUUGAUUUGAAUGAUACUCAUUAUAAUACCUUACCUCAACCUCAUCCUUUCCAUUUACAUCCAUCUCAUCUUUUACAUCAAUCUUCAACAAGUCCAUUAUCUAGUUCCCCUCCAACUUCAGAAAAUAUUCAUAUCCCUGAUCAUAUUGUUGAUGAACUGAGUUCAUUAAAUCUUCCCAUCACAAGAAAUGGAUUUAAUUUACCUCCUGAAAAUAUUCUGCAAGGUUAUACAGUUGUAACUAAAGCUUUAUACCCUGAUUCAAACUUUAGACAUGUUCAAAUCCAUCAUCGUUUACAAGUUUGUUUUAGAAUCUCGAAACCUGAUCCUAAAGAUGAUUUUAAAAUGCAUCAUUAUGAAGUUGUGGUUGAUACUCCUUUAAUUUUAUUAAGUUCAAAAUGUAAUGAUCAAUCAAUUCAAUUACCAAGAUAUAAUGAAAUUGAUGUUUUAGAUGGUUCUUCUUCAUCAAUAUCAUCAUCCACCAAAGAAAUUUCAUUUAGAACGCCAAAUUAUUCAAAGAAUGGUGUAUCGAUCAAACCCCUUGAUAAUGGAUUAGAUUAUCAAGAACAAUUACCAUCAUUUGAAGAAGCCACUACAUCUCCAGCCAAAUCAUCAGCUCCAAUCACAAGAUCGAUUUCAUUUGGAUUAAAUGAUCCAUUAAGUAGAGUUCCAUCGAUUAGUCCCGCUACAUCUCCAAUGAGAUAUCCUAAUGAACCCGCACCUGCUUAUGAAGAAGAAUGUGCUGUUUUUGAUGAAGAUGAUGAAGGUACAAACCUUGGUGAAGAAUUUGAGGAUGAUAAUGAUGAUGAUGAUUUAUCUCCUGCAAGAAGAAAGAGUAGCGUUCCAGAAUUGAAUAUUAAAAGUGCUGAUCCAAUUGGUAUUGAUGAAUUGGUAAGUUUCAAUGAUCCAAAUAUCCAACAAAAUGCAUCCGUUAGUUCUGUAACUACUUCAUCUUCAAGAUUAAGAUCAUCUUUAGUAUCAUCUUUUGCACCUGUUCCAAAGAUGAAUCGAAAGAAUUCAUCAAUAAGUUCUACCCAACCCAAGAACAGUGUAUCGAAUGCCACUAACAAUUCCGAUGGAUCAAUUAAUAAUACCAAUGAUGAUAAUGGAUCAGUAGGUGAUGAUUCUAUUAGUUCCAAAUCAAGUCAUAGUACCCAUAGUAGUAAUCAUGCUCAUCAAAAUGGUAUUGCAGUCACUACAGUUUCAUCAUCAUCAUUGAUUGAACCUACUAAUAAGAGUAUUGUGGUCAAUGAAAAAGACGAGUUGAGUAAUACCGUUCGUGAAAAUCAUGAUGAUGAAAGUCCAUUACAAUUAAAUGAAUUAGUGGCCACCAGUCAACCCAUGAAUCAAGAAUUAUCAUUGUCAAGCAGUUCAAAUGAUGAAGAAGUUGAUUCAAUAGUAUAUUUGAAUAAUUCCAAUGCUGGAUUAAUUUUGCAAUCGGAAAGUACUGGUUUAACCAGUGUUGAAGAUAGUGAAGUGGUUAAUUAUGAUGAUGAAGACGACUAUGAUGAUGAUGAUAAGGGUAGUUUAUUCACACAAGAGACAAACGCUUCACAAAGAGUUCCAUUGAUCACUAGAAAUAGCAACAGAACAGUGGAAACCAUCUCAAAGAAUAAAGAAACUUUUGGUCAUAUUUUGACCCCAUCAAUGACAAAUACAAGCAUGUUAACUACUACCACCACUACAAAUCACAAAUUAUCAACUAUUCUGAAUGAUAAUCUUUCAAUUCUUGAUGGUUCAAUCUCAGCAAGUACUAACUCUAGAGUUGUACCUCAAGAUAUUUAUCAUGCCAUUUCUUAA